GAUACCAAGACUCAAGUCACUUUAGCUAAGGUUAUCAAGGUUCUCGGCCGUACCGGUUCCAGAGGUGGUGUCACCCAAGUCAGAGUUGAAUUCUUGGAUGACUCUUCCAGAACCAUUGUCAGAAACGUCAAGGGCCCAGUCAGAGAAAACGACAUCUUGUCCUUGAUGGAGUCUGAACGUGAAGCCAGAAGAUUGCGUUAA